UUUUCUUUUUCUCAAAUCUCAAUAGGCUGCCCCCCGUCCAUCUCCUGCAGGCUAAACGGGUGUUUCACAGUUGAUUCUCAAUGGAGAAUCAAGCAGCGUCUUCGUCGUCCCCGCUGGAGCUCCAACUAGCCGACGAAGACGAGGAAUUCAUAUACGGAGCUGAGUCCGGCUGGGUUGAUGCUCUAACCUGGUGCGAUCACUUGUCUUCGUUGUCGUCUGAUCUGGUUCACAUACCAAUCCCUGAUACUCCCUGCAACAGGUGCCAAAAUCCGAGAGAAAACUGGUUAUGUUUGUCAUGCAAGGAUGUUCUAUGUAGCCGUUUCAUGAACCAGCAUAUGCUUCAGCAUUAUCAGCAAACAACUCAUUGUGUGGCACUCAGCUUUAGUGACCUCUCAGUUUGGUGCUUCUCCUGUGAUGCAUAUUUAGAUACACAAGUGAUUCGGCAACUGAGACCUGUUUAUGAGACUGCUUACAUACUGAAAUUUGGUGAGGCUCCACCAUUUCGGACAGAUGAACAUGCAAGCAUGGAAAAUGAAAAGGACAAGGAUAUAUUACCUGGAACAGGAAGAUAAAUUUUUCUUCUUAACAUCUGGGUUUUGCUUUUUGACUUCAAAACUUGAGAUGUAAGGAUUCAGGGAGCUUAGCUCUGUAUUUUUACUUGAUUCUACAACACAGCCUAUUGUUAUCAAUUUGAAUUUCCUCUCUUGCAAAUUGCAGUCC